AUGGAAUCAAAAUUGUCCUCUUCUACGAAAAUACCACACGCACAAAAUCAAAAUAACCUCAAGAAUGCCCUUUCAGAGACACUAACUCUGUUUUAUCCACUUGCUGGAGAAUUAAAAGAAGGUUCAACUUUUGUAGACUGCAAUGACACUGGAGUUGUUUACGUUGAGGCUCAAGCGAAGACGCGUCUUAGUCAUUUUCUUGAGAACCCUGAUCUCUCACAACUCAAGAAACUGAUGAUAAAUGUUGAAAGUAAUGAUGAUAACACUCAAUUAGUUUCUUUACAUGUUACUAGAUUUGACUGUGGAGGAAUAACAAUCGGGGCAAGCAUGUUUCAUUUAGUAUCAGAUGCAAACACAAUGAGUGCAUUUCUCAACACUUGGGCUAACAUUGCACGAGAGAGGAUCAUACCAUCGGCGCCUCUUGAUUUCACAUCAUCAUCACUACUCUUUCCCCCUCAGAACCAUUUACCACAAGAGUUAUCGGCAUUUCUCAAAACUGUAUUUUUCAAGGAGGGAGAUCAGUUCCUCCAAAGAAGAAUUGUCUUUGAUUCUAAAGAAAUUGCAGCUAUCAAACUGAAAGCUGGAUCCAGUAGUUCAGUGCCUAAACCGACGCGUGUGGAGGCAUUGACAGCUUUCAUAUGGAAGCAUAUGAUGUUAGCAAGUAGAGCAGUAAAGGGAAGCUCAAGCCCCAGCUGCAUGCUAAAUCAAGCUGUGAACUUGAGGCCAAGGCUGCAUCCACCAUUGCCUAAUGCUUUUGGGAAUGUAGUUUGGUUUGCAACUACAUUUUACGAGUCAGAAAUAACAAUGAGUGAUAAUAUUGAUCUGUCUCAGCUUGUGGGAUUAGUGAGAGAAGUGUUUGAGACCUUUUCAAAUGGUGAAAACUUGAAGGAUAUGGAAGGUGAUGCUUCCUUUACUUAUCUAGUGAAUUUGGCCACAGAUACUAUUAACUCUUUUGACAAAACAGAUAACUAGAUGUUCACAAGCUGGUGUCGUUUUGGACUUGACGAUGUUGAUUUUGGAUGGGGAAAACCUAUUUGGGUUGCUCCUCUCUUGGAUCCUACUUGUUCAUUGGGACAUGUCCAAAUAGUUAUUCUUGUGGAAAGUGGACGGAGUAGUGAUGGAAUUGAGGCCUGGAUCCUGAGAAAUAAGGAGGAAAUUCUUGAGUUGGCGAAUGAUGAGGAAUUUCUGCAAUAUGCAUCUCCAAAUCCUAGCAUCCGUAUCCCUUAAAUAUUCUUCUUUUCUUUCACAGCAUGCCCCUUGAAUUGUUCUCCCAACUAUGAAGUUAAUUUAGUUUCUUGUUAUAAAUAAUAUGAAAUAACAUCUCUUUGUGUUCCAGUACGUAGUUUUAAUUUUUCUUUAUUGGUUCCCUUACUAAAGGAGAUAACUCCAUGUACUAAACUA